CAAUUUCUUGAAUCAGCAUUAACCAAACAGACCUCUUCUCUCCUUCACAGCUCGGAUUCCUAAAUUCUUGAUAAUUCCUCAAUCUGAUCCCAAAUCUGCAGUGGGUACGCGCAUUCAAUUACUUCGAUUUCUAUCUAAAUCCUACAAAAUUCCUUCUUCGCCGAGUUAAUCUUCAAAUUUUAGGUUAUCCUGUUCAAAGUCACACCAAUUAACGAAUUGCAAAUUCCCCAAAAUUGCAUCACGGUUCAGUCCAAUUGCUGAAUUGAAACCUAGCUUCUGAUUUUUCACUCAACUUCCGAGUGAAAAUCGGAAAAAAGUUUGAAUUGCUGGGGAAUCGAGGUAGAAGGGGAGGGAUAAAAGAAGAAUUGAGUCAUGUUCUAUGGUUCAGUGGUAUGGGAUCCAUGGCUGAUAGUGGCGCAAAUCGUGUGCCUCCAAUGCCUGUACUACCUGGCUCUGGGGGUGUUUUUGUCGAUUCUGGUUGGCACUCGGGUUUCGAAGAUGAGCCUUGUGUAUUUCUUUGAUUAUGCCACGGUUGAUGCCUCUACAGUUAUUGGUUGGGGUGUCAUGUCUUCCAUUUUUUUCAGCUCUAUUGCUGGAGCUGGUUUUCUAGUCUAUUUAGUUGAAAGGGCGAAGAAGUGCUUGGAUUUUUGCGCUACCCUUUAUAUCGUUCACCUCUUCAUUUGCACUAUAUAUGGAGGUUGGCCAGCAUCAAUAACAUGGUGGGUUGUUAACCUUACUGGUCUUGCAGUAAUGGCGUUAUUAGGUGAAUAUCUGUGCAUGAGACGUGAAAUGCGAGAAAUUCCUAUAUCAAGACUUCGGUCAAGUGCUUGAUGAACUGGAGGCACGAGUCUUGUGAAGCUGCUGCUCAUGAGAAGGCAAUUAAAGUUCGUACGGAUGGGGCAUAUUCAUUAAGAGCAACUUUUUCCGGCAGAAGUUAUGAAGGUUAAUGCAUGUUAUAGUGAGGCCUAGUGCAUCUGGGCUUCAGGUAUACUGAAACGGCUGAAGUAUGUAAUAAAUUUGGAGUCCCAACACUUUUGCGUAGUAUAGUCACAUCUUCAUUUCAUGUAGCAACUAAAUUUCAGAGCCGUUACUGGUGCAGAGUUGGUCUAAACUGUUGGGGCGGGCCAAUGACGGCCUUCCCUGGCUAUUUGAGAUGUAGGGUCGUGUUGGGUUCGGUUCUAUAUCUGAUUAACCUGUGUGUUUUCUUCA